AUGUCACAGAUGGUCAGCUCUUCCAACAAACAAGUUGUAGAAGCCCCCGCAUCUACCUCUGCGACUGGCAACGGCGUCUUCGUCGCAAAGCCAGUGGAAGAAGCGGCGGUGCUGAGCAGCAUCAAUGUCCAAUGUGAAGGGCAAGCCAACAGCUCGCCCCUUGGACACAGAUCGAAUGAUGACCUACGACCCUUGAGAUCCACGUGCCUCUCCAAUGACCUGGCCGCAUCAUGGCAAGCAUGUGGAAGGGAAAUCCCCAGGGAAACCCACACGGAUCCACACAGCGCCUGGGCCCGCUGCGAGGUUUGUGCCCUCCAGCUGUGGUAUCAGCCACGGAAGGGCUCUCCUUCCAGCCACACUGCGGUCCACAAUGCAGUGAUGGUACAAAGGGCCUUGACGCAACUCCAGCCGAUGCUUCAUGGUGCACUUCCAACGGAAGAGAUUGUGAAAGCCAUGUUGGACAAGAUCACGGCCAAGGAGAAGUUGAACAUCAAGGUGCAAUAUAUCUUCUGGGGAAGCCCAACGUCGGUCACAAAGUCCAAGGCAGCUUCCAAGAACAUGGAGAAAAAGGUGGUUGUCACCAAGGUCUACCGGCGACCAGUCCUUCCGACGGGAAUUGAAACAACCCGCUCUGCAUACUAUCCAGUUCGGAUGGUGGAGUCAAUUGUGCGACACUGGAAGAAUCAACUUGCUCCUCAACAUCAUGUUCAAGCUUUGACUUCUCCUGAUUUUGUGGAGCACCCCAACCUUGCAGAGUGCGAUGUGAAGUGGACGCAACGUCUCCAAGCUCUACCUGCUGAAGAGGUGCUUCCACCUGUUCCUGAUGAUUUGAUGUUGAUUUGUCUGACGGCUAUGACCCUUCUAUACUUGAAGCUCCUCAACAUAGGGAUGGUGUCCCUGAAGAAGAUCGACAAGCUUGGCAUGCCAAACUGCAGCACUAUCACCGUGCAGCAGGACACCCCACGAACAACAACCUCGUUCACCUGUUUCGCGAUGCUGGACUUCCCAAGUGGAAGAUCGAAAUUGCUCGAGAUCUUCGAUGCGAUUGCUUGUGAUCGUCUUCUACAACACAGUAAAAGUUCAGGUGAAGUGCCAAGGGCAACAACUCACCCCUGGUGCAAGGCGUGGGAGACCGUCAGAGCUGACUCCAGCGAGUGGCAUGUUCCAGACCAGCAGAUCAAAUUCAAAUUUUCAUCCUGCUUAUAG